CCGCCGCCUCCGCCGCCGCCGCCGCCGCCGCCACCGCCGCUGCGCUGCUCGUAGUCUGCGCCUCUCUGCAAGGCGCGGCCGGCAACCCCGACGCGAAGCGCCUGUACGACGACCUGCUCAGCAACUACAACAAGCUGGUGCGGCCCGUCGUCAACGUCAGCGACGCGCUCACCGUCAAGAUCAAGCUCAAGCUGUCCCAGCUCAUAGACGUGAAUCUGAAGAACCAGAUAAUGACGACGAACCUCUGGGUGGAGCAGUCCUGGUACGACUACAAGCUGCAGUGGGACCCACGCGAGUACGGCGGCGUCGAGAUGCUGCACGUGCCUUCCGACCACAUCUGGCGGCCCGACAUCGUCCUCUACAACAACGCCGACGGCAACUUCGAGGUGACGCUGGCCACCAAGGCGACGCUGAACUACACGGGCCGCGUCGAGUGGAAGCCGCCCGCCAUCUACAAGUCGUCGUGCGAGAUCGACGUCGAGUACUUCCCGUUCGACGAGCAGACGUGCGUCAUGAAGUUCGGCUCCUGGACUUACGACGGCUUCCAGGUGGACCUGAGGCACAUCGACGAGGUGAAGGACUCGAACGUGGUGGAGCUGGGGGUCGACCUGUCCGAGUUCUACACGUCCGUGGAGUGGGACAUCCUCGAGGUGCCGGCCGUCAGGAACGAGAAGUACUACACGUGCUGCGACGAGCCGUACCUGGACAUCACGUUCAACAUCACGAUGCGCCGCAAGACGCUGUUCUACACGGUGAACCUGAUCAUCCCGUGCAUGGGCAUCUCCUUCCUCACCGUGCUCGUCUUCUACCUGCCCUCCGACAGCGGAGAGAAGGUGUCGCUGUCCAUCUCGAUCCUGCUGUCGCUGACCGUGUUCUUCCUGCUGCUGGCCGAGAUCAUCCCGCCCACGUCGCUGGUGGUGCCGCUGCUGGGCAAGUUCGUGCUCUUCACCAUGAUCCUCGACACCUUCAGCAUCUGCGUCACGGUGGUGGUGCUCAACGUGCACUUCCGGUCGCCGCAGACGCACGUGAUGGCGCCGUGGGUGCGGCGCGUCUUCAUCCACAUCCUGCCGCGCCUGCUCGUCAUGCGCCGGCCGCAGUACCAGAUCGACAAGCGCAGCUUCGGGCUGGCGACGACGGCCCACCGCGUCAUGGUCCGCACGUGCAACGGCCUGGAGCUGCGCGACUCGUCGCUGCUGUCGGCCGCCGCCGCCGCCGCCGCCGACUCGUCGGCCUCGUCGGAGCUGGUGGCGGAGCCCUCGCCGCACGACUUCUUCCCCAGGCUGCUCGACCACGAGUUCACCUCCAGGGACAGCGACCUGGGCGCGUCGUGCCGGAUCCACGGGCCCGGGAGCGGAGUGCCGCCGCCGCCGCCGACGCUGCUGGCGGAAGAGGCGGCGCCGGGGGCGGCUGCGGGGGACGGCGCCGACGAGCCGGCCACCCCCUGCGCCGGGGGCGGCAGCGCCAGCAACGGCUUCCCGGGGGCGGCGCGGCCCGCCUCCCUGCACUGGCACCGCUGCCCGGAGCUGCACAAGGCCAUCGACGGCGUGCGCUUCAUCGCUGACCACACCAAGCGCGAAGAGGACUCCACCAGGGUGAAGGAGGACUGGAAGUACGUCGCGAUGGUGCUGGACCGGCUCUUCCUGUGGAUCUUCACGCUGGCCGUGCUGGUGGGGACGGCGGGCAUCAUCCUGCAGGCGCCCACGCUCUACGACGACCGCGUGCCCAUCGACGUGCGGCUCUCCGAGAUCGCCACCACCACCGCCAAGCCGCACAUCGGCAGCGCGCUGUAGCCGGGACCGCUGGAGGAAACGUGGCAGCCAGAUCAGACAAUUCGGUGCCAGCAAGGCAGUGGGCACCGGCAGAGAGUGGGACACGCGUGGCGUGUUCUCCGGGAACCGAGCAGGCGGGCAUGCUGUCGGGGUUGCAGACUUGUGACUUACCACCUGACCGAGCUCACAUGCAUAAUUAGUUGAUCCUGCACACAGAAUUUACCUAUACUAAGUACACCGUGAUCCUGCACCAAAAAAUUCUUCAUUAAAAAACAAUUCUGUAAACUCACUAUGCAUUUCUGGCUUCUGUUACAGAAUUGAUUAUUCUUCAUACAGUUUACAAGUAUAUUUCAUUAUCAGUUCACUUCCUGUAUAAAGAAAUGGGAGCUAAUGGUCAAUAGGAGAGUUAUCAGCAAGGAGGAUAAAUUUCCAUUAACGUUUGGCAGAAAAUUUGAAAUCAAUUUUUGCAGAUGGCUUGUUAUACAAUAAAAUAUUCAGAUUAAUCUAGUACAAAUUGUUUAGGGCAGUUUUUGUUGUUUGCAAUGUAUUUUCAACAUGUAAAACAUUAUCAAUACUCAUUACAGAACUUGUUAAAUGGGGAAAAAAACAGUAACAGUUAAUGUUGUGGCGAAGCAGCUGUUCGAAAAAAAUGUCAAAUACUGUUUUUUCUGUACAUUAUGUAUGGCGAGUCUUUACCACUGAGCAGUUGGUGAGCUGAAGUUCCUUCAGUUAGGUACAGUAUAAGCCAGGUACGCGCCUAUGUUCAGUUCAUUUCGGACGUUGACACUGUCUGGAAUAUCAGUGGACAUAUCAUAUACAUUUUUUCAAGGCAAUAACAACAAUGGUCUUAGUUACAUGUUGGCCACAAAUAACUCUUCUUAUUGGUUACUGUGCAUAAUUUUAAAUUCUUUGGAGGACAGUAAUCCUUUAGGUAAAUUCUGCUACGCCUUACUGCAGUUUAUACACACUAUAAUUACCAACCUUUGCAUAAUUAUUUCUCAUCACUGCUGCUGGUAAUGAUUCUUCAGAUUAGUUGCAAAUCUCAUAACAAAAUGAGAGAGCCAUUUUCUUGGCAUAAAACAAGAAAACUGCUGCCAUAUUUCUGUAAGUACAGGUUAAUGAGUUGUGUGUUGUACAUAUGUAGGCACCGUACAAACUAUCGUAAAAGAACAGGGAACACUUCAAAAGUAACUGGUAAAGUUUCAUAUUAUCGUGUAGACGACAGAUUAAAGAAGUAGCUCCUCACUGCCUCCAGAGUAUAAAGAGCUGUGUGAUAUCCCUUUUGCUAUAGUUUGUAUUGCAAAUGUAACUCCAGAGAAGGUCCAUAACUAUAAUUUGGAAUUGAAAGUUACGUUUUACAAAUAAAGUAUCACCAUUACAAAUGAGCCUGUGUUCUGUUGCACAGACUCAUCUCUGCAUUGCUCACACCGAGGUUACCUUUCUUCCUUAAAGUAAGGACAACAGUUUCCUCCUUAACUGCAAGGAUAAAACCCCUCCACUUCAGGCCUAGAGUACAUUGUAAUAUAGAAAUAAUUUAAGAUGGGUUUUUUAUAGACACGCGACGCCUUUGGUAGUGGUAGGAAAAUAUUGAUCGUGUUGCAAUAUUCUUUUCUGUCUCUGAAUAUAUGUACGUGUAAGAUAAAUGAGCUUAGGGCACAAAUAUAAACGUGUGUAUGUAUGUAUACAUGUCUUUAUGAUACUUGUCAUACUUUGUUUUAUGUAAACAGUCGUCGGUUCUCCACAGAUUGGGUGUCUGCAGGAAGCUGUUUACUUUAAAUAAUGAAAGGAAAUGGUAUUAUUUUUAUAUAGCAUUUUUAAUGUGCUUAUGUUCCAGUGUUCACCCAUAAAAGAGAAUUACUGUAAUAGCAAUCACAUGCCACGUACUCUGACUAGUCCCAUUAUUUUGUCUGCGACUGUUAUGGCAGCUGUUUCCCAUUUCCUCCUGUUUGUGUUAAACGUGGAGAAGCUGGGCAAUAGGCCCACCUGUGGCUGGGAAUGUAAGAGGUGUGCGCCCAGGUUUCAAAACCCUAACAGUGGCUUUGAACAGCCUGAUUCUUGUCUGAAGUCAUCAGUGCAAAUACAAGCAAAAUGUCUAUCAUUAUUUUUAAUUGAUGUAACAUUUCUUCAUUUAAUGUAGCCUGUCUGUAUGGAAAGGAACUUCACUAAGUACCCAUGUUAGGCUGGAGAUGGCACAUCAUUUUUUUAAAAGGCAGACAGGGCCUGCCAGGAACGCAGUGACCACUAUAACCAAAAUUCAGGUACAACAGCCACAGAUCACAUACAAUUUGAGAAUAUAAGUGGUUUCACUUGGAAGCUGUGAGUGUGACAAAUUAGGUGAAAAUUUAUAGUAUUGCAGAACAUCAUCAGAUAUAGUUAAUCAGCUCAGAGUGUAGUAAUUUGCCCUGUUGGCAAUACAUUAGGCAUUAAAAAUAGCUGGUGACUGGUGAUGAACUGGACGAAACUAACUUGUUGUAACCAAUAUAAAGAGUAUAAGUUACUACACUCCAAGCUGACUACGUAAAGCAAAUUGUGUUUAGCCUGUGGUUGUAUUACUUGAAUGUCAAUUAACAACUUCUUUAUUCUCAGCGCAGUCCUCGUAGGGGAUCUAUGCUUCUCCUUUUCUAAUAAAUAAAAAAAAGAAAAAAAAGGAAAAAAAGGGGGGGGGGGGAGGACCACCGAGAUCUCUAAAAUACACCUCCAUCUUAAAAAAAAAAAAGGUCUCUUCAUUUCAGUAGAACUUUUUACCUGCAAGCCAUUUCUUCACAUUGAGAAAUGAACUGAAAUAGCGCAUCAUGAAGUUACACUGUGACAACUCUGGGCGGAUGUGCUGAGCUGGUGCAUUGUCACAGUGAAACAGCACUUUGUUCUUCACCAAAUUUCCUUAAAUUUCUGGUAAAGGUGUUUCAGUACCUCAGUGUAGCAUUGUCAAUGUCUGGAGCAGAUUGACUAGAAGGCCUAAGGUAUUGUUGUGGCAAGAAGCUGCAUAAAGUCUUUCAGAUCUCACUUAAAUUGUCCCGAACAGCUUCGAGCUGAAAGUUGUACCCAUCCGUCGUCUACAGCCGACAAUCGUGACGUCUGUUGGACUGACGCUUCAUUUGUCCCCCGUUAUUAUACAUAAUAUUAACUGCCUAUCCUGUUGACACACUAACUUUUUGCUCUUUCAUUCCAGUGUCAAUAAGAAUCGUGUUGUUUCUUUCAACGGUUUCUUCUGUAGCAACAUCUGCUCAGUGUUCUGCGGAACCUUCAUCAAAAGUGGAUGACCUCCUUUAAAGUUCGUGUACUAAAAAUCUAAUGUGUCAUUGUUGGUGAAGGAUCACCACUGAGAGCAUCCAACUUCACUUUACUCUCACCACGUUUUCACAACCAAAAUGAAAUGAGGAGGAAAAUCAUUAAACAAUAUUGCACUUUUCUGUAUUGGCAGAAACUGCAAAGCACAACUGCUACAUCCGUACUACCCUAAAAUUUAGUAACAUUUUUGUUCCAGGGUCAUCUAAUAGCACCAACUUGCAUUUGAAACAGCACCUGUCUUCAAUAAGUACUGACAGUCCUUAUGUAAUUCAUCAUUUAGUCUGUUUUCUGGCUAUAUUUUGUCUUUCUUAAUGGGAGUUUUCAUUUUCUUACACAACAGUAUUAAUGUACUUACACUUGUUAGCCUUUUGUAUAGUUGUCUGAACAGUCUUGUAUUCUUCUUAUUGUGGAUCCCACCAUACACACAGUUUUUAUGAUCAGUACUCUGAGUCUCUAUACUCCCAUUCCCAACUGCCACAUUGAAGAGACAGUGAAUAAAAACAAUCCAUUAACUAAAAAUUGAUAGAUUGGUGUUAGGUUGGUAAUCUGAUAACCAUAGUGAUCGUUCCAGAAUGUGAUUUUUCACUCUGCAAGGUUCGCAGGACAGCUUCUGUAAAGUGUGGAAAGUAGGAGACAAGGUACUGGCAGAACUAAAGCUGUGAGAACAGGGCGUGAGUCGUGCUCGGGUAGCUCAGACGGUAGAGAACUUGCCAGCAAAAGGCAAAGGUCCCGGGUUCGAGUCUUGGUCCGGCACACAGUUUUAAUCUGCCAGGAAGUUUCAUUCUCAUUUUUAUCAGUGUUCCGUAACAUUGUUGAACAAUGUUUCCAGACAUGACUUUCCACCUUCAGUUUGUUCUCCUAGGUUCCCUUUACAGUACCUAAAAGUUUCUGUCUCAAUUUGAGCUACUUCAGACACUGUUUCCUAACAAUUUCCCUGCUUUAUUAUAGUAUUAAUCUGAAUUUAUUUUCUGGACACCUGUUGUAGAUAGUCACUUUCAUGUCAGACAACUAGUAUUUGAUUCAUUCUCUAGAAUUUUGAUGAGUAACAUUUUUCUUUAGAGUAAUCAGUUGAGAAGCAGAAAAAUUUGCAAAUAUAGCAAAUUUAAUGCCUAAUUUAUGACAAGUACUUUGCAAUAAUUAUUAUAGUAGCGUGUCACACAUAUAUUUCCCUCUCUCUCACACUAGCUCUUGUAUUGUAAUUCCCCCCUGCCCUACCUUCUCACCAAGUGCCCUAAAGGAGCAGCACUUACAUUUUGUACUAAAGAGGUUCACCAAAAACAUAUUCAUUUCUGUGAAACUAUAUGCCAGAGAAUAACAAAUUACAACUGUUGACAGUCACUGAAGUAAAUUUUAAUACACAACUGACUCACGAGUGUAUUAUGUUACAGAUACAGUAAAAAUGAACUGCAUACUUGCAAUAGAGUCCACAGAAGGCUGACCAUUGUUUGUGUUGGCUAGACUGGCGUGUUUACAUGUCAUUAGAAGUAUAAACAGGUCAGGCAGUGUCGAGAAAGUGUGAUGUGACAUUAUAACUUCAAUAAAAUUGAACUUUCACAGCAAUUUUAACAAUAUCAAUUUUGGACAGUGCAAGUUUAUCAUAAUGUAACUUUGUUUAGAUGUAUUUAUGUCAUGAAAAAUUUUGGGCUAGCAAGGCUCUGGCAUUAACACUCAAAUAUUUAAGACGUUCAGUGUGUGAUAUAAAAUAAGAGACUACAUUGUAGUUACGUGAAAAUGUUCUCAGGUGCUAGCACAAUACUGAUUAUAUCCAAAAAGUACUCAUGCAUGCUCCUUGGUAAUUUUACAAAACAUCAGUGUUACAGUACUCGUAUGAGGCCUUCUUGCUCAAAAGUCUUAUGGAAGUCUUCCCACAGAAUUUGAAGCAUGGGAACUUUGCUACAAGACACUAUAAAUGAUAGUUAUCCUAGUUAACUGUCUCCUCCCAAGUGGACUAUGAUUGCUCACUACUAAGUUUUUGGGGAAUGAAAAUUAGGGGAAUUGUCUACACCCAAUUUCUUGUGUCAGGUCAAUCUUUUUAAGUUAGGCACUAUCAAUAUUAACUGAGUGUUCAAGUUUUGAACCAGUGCAAACCUACCACCAUAUUCAUUUUCAACUGUCCCUCACCUUAUGUCUUACACUCAUCUACAUAGUCAAUGUAAGCAUUUAAUUACUUACACAUCAUUACAGUUACAGUUCUUUUUCAUAGGUGAGCUACACAGUGUCAGUAUCAGGUGUCAGCUGUCAGCUCUUCAGCAACAGUCUAAUGAAGAUGCACCUUGUGUUACUAAGGAGAUCAGCAGUGGAUGAUCAGGCUUCAUUAUUGUAGCUCGGGUACAAAGACUGGCAUAAUUUCACAUUACACGAGAUCUUAUAUGAAUACGUCCACAGUUAACUUUGAGCCUCGAGAUUAAAGAAGGAACACAGAGAGGAUGUAACUUCACGGACUGAGUUCUCAUUUCCUGCUUCCGUCAUCACUAUCAGUCUUCUAUCGAUCCUCUAAGUAGAACCACUAAGUGAUUUUGUCCACUCAAAGACAACAAAUUUUUCUCCAUUUCACUUUGAUAUCAGCACUUCAAUUAUCUAGCAUUCAGUACGAUUCUUCCAUUUUGCUUCUGCUAAAUGUUCAGAAUGUAGAAUUCUGGCAUCACCUGUGAAGCUAUUUUGAGAGCAGAAAGCUUGAUUUGAUAUUACAAUCACAUGUUACAAUUAAUGCCAUAAUUCCACACACCACAAAUAAUUGUUUUAUAAAAUUCGACAAAUUGCAACUGACGAGUUCGACAGUGAUGAUUUUUUUGGGGGGCAUUAUAUAUUACUUAGAGAUUUUUCCAUUGUACACCAUCGAAGCAAACAAACGACCUUCUCAUUUACAUGACUUCCACCAGCUACGUGAAACAUUACACAAAUGCUUUAAGCGUAAAAGUUUUGUUCAUUAUCUGAUAAUUUUUGGUACUAGAUUACUGCUCUAAAACUAUAUAGAUCUAUAAAUUAUUAACAGUGGCUUUGCAAGUCAGUUUCUUCAUGUAUCUGAAAUUGUGCAAUUUUUGUUUUGUUUACCUGAAGAUGAGAGGAAUCAAACGUCAUUUGGAUGCCGGUCAGCCUCACGCUGUCUACCAGUCGACAGGAGAGAAAACAAAUUUCUCCUUUAACGAAGUCUGUACAGUAUAAAGCAAAUCGCGAGCUUUUCUUUGUACUGGGAUCUACAACCGAACCUAUCACCCUGCCUCACUUUCAUUAUAUGCAUUGCAGUUUUAUUAUUUGACUAGUUACACAAAAUGAAAAUUAUCUCACUACAGUAAAUGACAGACCGGCAUGGCCGUCAGUCAAGUUCAGGUGCUGUAUUUUAAUACGAUGUUUUAGCUUUUGCUGUGCAGUUUUGAAAACUGAUCAAAAUGAUCCUAAAACUACAUCUACUUGUUGUAUGCAAAUCCAUUCUUGUGAAAAUGACAUACUUUUGUACAUUAUCAGCGAGCCAAAAUAUUGUUCGUGACAGAAAAACUGUCUAAUUGUGAAAAUCCUAAUACCAACACAGAAAUGUCUUUUUGUUGCUAUAAUUAUUUCUUGAGAAAUGCAUUAUGUUGAAAAGAAGUAACAGUCUCAUGUCAAAUGCAGCAGGAACUCACAUUUAAAAAAAGUUUAAUAUAUUAGCAUUGUAACUUUGCACAAAUAUUAAAAUAUCUUUUAUGGCCUCCACAAUAAGAAAUGUUAGUUGUCUUUUUUAGUAAAAUGCUGCGAACUGAAGUGUCUGAUAAACAUUAUUCUCACUACAUGUGACUUUAGAUGUGGAAAAUUUUGUAGAUAUUUAACACUUACCUGUGCUUGCUUUGAUGCAUUACACUAUCAACCUUAAGAACACUGCACUAAUGUAACUUAUCACCAAAGUCCUACCCAUUUUUUACUAAGAAAAAAACGAAUCAUACUGCAUCUGUGGCCAUUGUCACAUCCCAUCAAUCAACUUCCACUACCGAGAUGUAUACAGAGAGGAUGUCACAUAGAGCAGGCCCGUGUGCUGGUCACACAGCUUCUCCACCUAUUUGUCUGCCCGGCACUAAUCCCAGUCCCAAUUUUUCUUUGGUUUUGAAAUAUACUUUAUUCUGUCUUUCCAAACCCUCUUCAAUUUUUCAUUCUCCCUUAUUAAUAGCCUAAUGGUUGCACUGGUUGUACUACUCUGCACUAAGGCAAAACAGCUUACUCAUGGAUCCCUUAUACUGGAAAAUGUUGUCAGAGUACAUUUUUGUAUUACCCUGCCAAAUUUCAAUAAUUUUUUUAUUCCUACAAAGCAUUUCCUGUUCUCAACUUUCAUUCUUUUGAUAUGGCUGUAAUACUGUCGUAGUUGUGAAAUUCUGUUUGUGAUUUAAUUUCUUGGGUCCUUUCUAUCAUUUUUGGGGUGUCCAUGAGGUUUGGUCACUCAGAUUCUUUGCACAACAUUUUGUUGACAAAUGUAACUGUUCAUCAGGUGGUGUGGGCUUGGGUCAUAUCUGUGUUCUUACUGCCUGGCCUAUGACUAUCAAAUGAACAAACCAUCUCUAAUGACACUGUCAAUGUUACAUCAAACCCUAAUUUAUCUUAUUCUGCCUCACAAAAAAUGGCUAUGUCAGUCAUCAAAUAUAGUGAACAAAAACUUAAUGUUAGUUUCAGCUUGUACAUAUUUUGAACUAUCAUUUUUGCCUUAGAAGUUUCUGGACAAUUUUCAUUCUGUUUUCAGUAUUUAAUUUCCUCUUCAAAAUUUGUGGUUUGAACUGUGGAAACAUCCUCAUUUAAUAACAGUUCAUUCCACUUUUCAAGUGUGUGUGUGUGUGUGUGUGUGUGUGUGUGUGUGUGUGUGUGUGUGUGUGUGCGUGUGUGUGUGCGUGCGUACUUUUUGUGCUGCAAAAAAUUUGAGUGACAUAGAAACGAAAAAUGCAGGCACUAUGUUAUCUUCAUUAGCUUUUAAUUCAUUUUACAGAAUUUUAUCAAUGAAAUGACCAGAUUUCCUCAAUUUUGUUAUGUAAAAAAUAACUGCAGCAGUGCUAUGCAGUAAAUUACCCUUAAAGCUUUUUUUCCCACGCUUCUCACUCUACCCAUAUCAUUACUAAACUUCAGAGUGAAUGGUUCCACUGCUUAAUUUUCUUUCUUCCAGUCACACAUAAAAAUUAUCUUUGUAAACAAACACAUUCUUUAUUUAAUGAAAUUGUUUCCAAAAUUGCCAUGUCAAUAGCUCAGCUCCUCAAUCGUUACAGAAAUGGCACUGCACAUCACAAAAAUUUCACUUUGUGUGAGAACAGCCCACAUUGUUGGGUACUUAGAAUUUAACACUUUUCUCUUUGUUUAUCUUUUACUUAUGUAACGUGAAGCCAUUAUGGAGGAAAAAAAGGAAUAAAAAAAUUUUGUGUUGCCUGAAGGCAAAAAAAUAAACUAGUUGCUUACCAAAGACUAGCUCUGAACUGUGUUGCUCGUAGCUUUCGUGGGAUUGACAUCCAAGCAAAAUUUACAAUUUCUGGUACUCUGUGCAUUUUUGACAGUGUAACAUUAUGAGACAACUGUUAACGUGAAGGACAAUCAAACAAUUUAAAAUCAGAGAUGGUAAAAAAGUCUCUAUUAAACUGAGUGAAAGUCCAAAGCCACAAAACCUGUUUAUCGUGUUUUCACUGUAUGACAACCAGUUUCAUACCCUGUUAUAUCUUCAGGUCACAUAAAACUAAUACGUCAUGUUCCACCAAUCACAAGAUGCAUGUGCACAUAAAAACAUGUUACUCCUUGGUAAAACCUUGGAUGAAACUGCAGAUGGUCAUCCGAUCUGAACCAUGCAUGAUCAGUAAUGCAUCUCAAAAAGUCGUCAACAUACUAAAAUGUAUUGGCAGGUGUCAAACAAAACUAUAUGUUACAGCUGUAGCUAAUGUGUGGCUAGUGCUGUACCGUGUAGUUCUAUUUGAUGCUUGUCAAUAUAUUAUAGUAUGUUGACUACUACCAAGGAUUGUGUGUCUUAAUUCUGUGUCUCUCGCAGAUUUUAACGAUGAUGUCGUCCUAGUAUACAUGGACUGUCAUGUGCUGUCCAUACUUUUCUUUUGACAGUGUUUUGGGGAUGUCUUACUGUUCAUGCAUGGUUUGGAUCAUAUGACCAUCUGCUGUUUUAUCUGAGGUUUUACUGGGGUGUGACAUGUUUUUAUUCACACUUGCACCUAAGAACUCCUGACAGAUAAGGUAUUAGUUUUAUAAGAUCUGAAGACAUACCUCCAGGAUAUAAAACUGGCUGUCAUACAGUGAAAACACAACAAACAGCUGAUGUGGAUUAGGAUUUUCACUCAGUUCAAAAUAUACUAUUUCACCAUCUCUGAUUUUAAAUUGUUUGUCUGUCCUUCACACUACAUACAAGGUUUUUUUAUUCGUGAUUCACUGAUCUAUAGGGUUAUUUGUAGUACUUGUAGUAACUGUUUAUGAACUUGGCAAACUGCGCCAUCUAUAAAAUCUUUGCACUACAGAGAACUGGCAGACUCUGAAUCAGAACAAUGCACACCAAACAUUACUCACUCUACCAGAAACUAAAAAAUAUUUCAUCAAAGAAUUAAACAGGAAGUUUAUGACUCAGUGGACAUUUCCUCACCCAUUUGUCACCACUACUCAAGUUUUCAUCCCAUGUAAAGCCAUAAUAAAUUCUGUUUUAACUCCAAACCACCAGUCUGCAAUUUGUUUGGUGUAAUAUGUACAAAGGCCCCCUCCCCCACUAUAAAAACAAUGCAGAAAGAAACUUAAUGAGAACAUGUAUUAGUAAAGUGCAAUUUUUGCUUGAAAUUCCAUUUCACAGUUGCCAAUAUAAAUUAAUCUGGAACAUUUUCAAAGUCUUCGUGGUCCCUCUGUUAAAAUGACAACAACUCGACUGUGCAAUGUCUCUUAACAAAGAGAGCCACUACUUUUUUGUUACUACAAAAAUCUGUGGUAAUUUAUAACCAUCUUAAUAAUGUCGCUUGUAACUGCAGAAUUGCUGCUGCUUGUACAUGACAUGUGAGUAGAAAUCAAUGUGUCUCAGCAAAUAGAAAUUCCAGGGUGUAGUUUUUGCAGUUUCAACUCCUAUUAAUAUGAGAGUUAUGGUGCAGGUAGUCUUGUAAUAUUUUAGCAAGUAAAUUAAAAUGUUGGCACUGUCUGGAUGGUUUAAAUACACAAUACAAUGGUCUGAAAGUAUUAAUUUUUUUAUUUACAUGUAUUUUACAAGCUUGCUUCCUUGUGCACUUUCUGUAUUACUAAUGUUAAAGAUUUUCUUCAGUUUAGUUAAGUUGUGUGUGAUAAAACCAUGGAUUCUUUAAAAUUAUCUUAAAACAGGAAAAUAAAAUUAUGCCAGAUAAAUAAAGUUUCAAGCUUUGCCGCUUCGAAAUCUGAACAUUUGCACACAAAUUAUCAACUGUGGAAUGACCUAAUGUGGCAAAACUAUCAUCCCAAUAGUCAUCAACAGACACAUCUUUUAAACAUAAUAAACAUGCAGCAGGAUGUUUUAAAUGUCAACUGUGAUUGCUGUUAUAGAAAGAUAAAGUGAAGUAUCACAAUAGAAUAAUGGCUGUACCUCAAAAGUAACGACUUGUUCAAAAAUUUAAAUCAAUAGUUUUCUGCAAAUGUCUACAAAAAUGAAAACGAUGCAGUAUCCUUUCCGACUGGUUGGACUCAUUUCUACCACAAUGAAAGCAGACUGAAAAAAAUGGUACACAAAGCUGAUUUCACAACUGUAUUCCAAUGCAAUUACUUGUGGUAUGUUACAAUCUCUAUGGCAGUACAUUUUAGGGGCUAGCAGUCUUUCUGGUUGUUAACUUGCACAAUCUGGAUUUCUAAAAUGGUGUUUGAAUUUAUUCCAUCAUUUCAGACCAUCUUUUUCCCAUUUAUGGAUAGCACCAGAAAUGAAGCAAUUGGGAUAUGCUGGAGCUCAGCAGUUGUGUGGCACUAUUUCCGGCACUGAUGACGAAGACAGGAGAUGUUAAUUACCAAAAAUCUACAAAAAGCAGAUAGUAUGUGACUUACUGGCUACAUUACUGUAUGGAUCUUGUGAAAUGGAUUCGCUCUGCAAACACUAUUAUUAUCGUUAUUUUGAUUGUAGACAUUCCUGAAUGGAUUGGUACUCCCCUUCUGUACAGCUGAAGUGAGUAAAUGAAUCUCUUAGUCAAUAAUAUUUUCUAUGAAUUAUGUAUCCAUUUGUAGGUUGUGUUGAAACAUUCAGUGGUACCCCUUGGAACUGGUAUGCAACUGGCACAAAUGUUUCUGACUUUAAUGAUGUUUUGACAUCUUCAGGGUCAAAGAUUAGAAUUUGUGUGUGUGUGUGUGUGUGUGUGUGUGUGUGUGUGGGUGGUUAUAGUUUUAGUUAAUAUUACGUAUGGUACAAGUAAAUAUUGUGUAUCUGCUCAGGUUACUCUAGUUAGUGUUUCAGCUCAGGGCAGCUGGAAACCUUUGUGGCAGAAAUACAGUUGGAAGAAACUUAUAUCUGUUAGGGAACAACAUCCUUUCAUACAAACUAAAUUGUCCCAUUCAGUCAGCUUCCUUUAAAAAAAGACAAUGUGUAAGAACCAUGGAUAAAAUAUAUAUAUUUUUAUGUUUGAUUAUGACAUUACCAGAGUUUAAAAACUAAAAAAAAAAGACUUUAUACUCAUCUAUCCUGUAACUAAGGAAACUGGUUAAACAAUGUUUUGUAAAUAAAAUGUUUAAUAAAUUAUAUAUACUAUUUUUAUUUAAACAUUCUGUGUUUUGUAAACAUCCACCCAUAACUAAUGAUUUGUAAAAUGAAGCUGAUCAUAUUUUUUUGAAACCAAGCACUGUUGAUUGAAAUAUAGGUGUGUCGUUAGCAUCUCGACAACUGAGGUAAGCACGUGUCUGUACUGAUAUUUCAUUGUACAUAGGUGUAAGUAACAAUUAAACGGAUAAAGGAAAGAGCAAAUAAAGUUACGUGCUGACAAUUUAAGAAAAAAAUGAGAGGAUGUAUGGUAUCUAUUUUAUGGAUGAAGCAGCAGCAGAAUAUAAUUGACGAGAAGAUAGUGGAGGCUAUGCGUGCGAGCACUGAAACACUAUCGUAAAGGUAGAGGUGAAAUUUCAUGGAUAAUUCAUGAAAUAUUCCAGCAAGCUGAUGAAACAAAAAGGUGCAAGUGUACAAAGAAUGACAUGGGAAGUCAGUGGUGAAGCUUGUUUGGAAUUUGCAGUUACCAAAUAACUUCAGAAUAUUUUAAAGAGAGAUACAAGGAUAUUUAUAGCAAAUGGUUAUAGUAAAGUGCAAACAAGGGAUAGGACAUAACUGAGGAUACUAAAUGUGUUAAUGUAUGGUGUGCAGAUAAAGAAACACUGUUAACUGUAGAAUUUGCAGGAGUGUACUUAAAGAUUGUAUAAUGAAAGUAAGCCCUCCUGACUUGCAAUAGAAUAGAAAUAUGAAGACCAUGUAGAAAAAAAAUUUACCAAAGGAUAAAGGCAGAUUCUGAUAGAGUACUGGGAUUUUAUUGAGCUUAAAUCUGUUGGAAUGAGUAACAUGACAAUAGCAACUAUAAGGCCAAAAAUACUAUGUAAACUAAAAGUGGAUUAUACAUGGAUCUGUUAUGCCAACAAUGCUUAUAUAUAUGAAAGUAAAUAAAAAAAUUGCUAUGCUGCUGAUAUAGGCAUGUCAGAUAAA